UACACGUGUGCAAGAAAUGGGCUGCAGCUGUGGCUUCCUCUGUUGUCUGGAGUUUCACAGAACUUAAAAUGGCACCAGCUUCCAUGUUUUCGAUCAGAGUCAGUUUGCAAAAGAAGUCCUGCCCAAAUAUUUCAAGCACAACAACAUGGCCAGUUUUGUCCGCCAGCUGAAUAUGUAUGGGUUUAGGAAAGUGGUAAAUAUCGAACAGGGAGGACUCGUGAAACCCGAACGGGACGAUACGGAAUUCCAGCAUCUUUAUUUCCUGCAAGGCCACGAGCAUCUUUUGGAGCUGAUCAAAAGGAAGGUGUCUGUGGUGAAAAGUGAAGAAACCAAGAUGCGCCAAGAAGAUCUCAGCAGACUUUUGUAUGAGAUUCAAGUCCUCCGGAACCAGCAGGAGAUGAUGGAGUGCCAAGUUCAGGAUGUGAAACAGCAGAACGAGGUUUUAUGGAAGGAAGUUCUGUGUCUCCGGCAAAACCAUUUGCAGCACCAGAAGGUGAUCAAUAAGCUGAUUCAAUUUCUGUUUGGCCAGCUCCAGCCCAGUCCCAGCAGUCCUGGGAUAAAGAGAAAACGGCCUCUCAUGUUGGAUGACGGGAACUCUGCCCCACAGGUGACCAAAUUCCGAAGAUCUCUGCCUCUGGAUCCCUUUCAUGAGCCUUGCUACAUUCAGCCUCCAUCUGCAGAUCAUGCCUCAUGUUUAAACGGCCCUGUUCUGAAAGGGGCCAUCAUUUCUGAUGUUUCCGAAGCCACCCAGCCCAGUCCGGUGGCUUUGCAGCUGCCUCCAGACAGCGAGAGGGAAACGAGUCUUUUGCUAAUUAAGGAAGAAGCCUCUGGUCCGGACAGGAAAGCUGCUUUCACAAGUCCUGCUGUUCCUUUGGUUGGCUACAACCCCUGUCCUGAGCCCCCUGUGCUGCCCAUUACUGUGGUCCAGUCAGUCUUAGAUGGGAGGACAAGGUGUGAUGAUCUGCAGCCAAUGUGUUUGCAGCCCCAGGAAAGACGGUCAUUUUUGGACAGAACAGUCAUUCCUGAUCUCUGGGACGGGGCUGAUCUGAAUUUGGAAGGAUUCCAGAUCUUUCUAAGAAACCAACAGUACAAUGUGGAAACCACCAGAUCUUUGGAGGCCUUCAACCCCGUGAUCCCGUCGAGUGAGUGGACUUUAAAUGACGUGGAGGCUGAUUUGCCUGGGGCUGCAGAUGCUCACUGUGGAACAACUGGAGAAGAGCACAAAUAAGAAGCCCUCCUGAGGACUAGAACCUCAGCUUCAGUAUCUCUUGCCCAGGAGCUGAAUGUUUACAUCUGGAAAACACGGCUUUGUCCGCUGGCUUUGUCCGGGAUUCCAGUGACCGACCCACACCCAUUUCCCAAGGAGAGACUAUUUUUCUGACAUAUUCUUGUGCUGCUAUUUUUUACCAGUUCAGAACACUCUUUUUGAACGGAGAGCGCCAUGCGUUCAACUGGGGUUUUUUGGGGAGGCCAUAUGCAUUCAGCUGGUUUGUUCUGCAUACAGUCUAGUAUUCUCCCCCAUCUUGGUGCCCUCCAGACAUUUUUGGACUACAACUUCCUUCACCCACAGACAGCUCAGUUAUUAUUGGCAACCAUAUAUUGUGUGUUAGCAUAUCUGUUUAUCUAGGCCAGGAGUAGGCCACCUUGGCUCUUUUAUGACUCGUG